AUGGACCAAAGUGAGGGGGAGACGGAGAGUGACAGCUCCGCCUCUACCUCCGAGAGCAGCGAUGACUUGCCCCCUCUUCCGGAUAACGAGGAGGAAGAAAGGAAAAAGUGGAAAGAAGCACUAAACAUGUUGCAGUCGGAGAAAACUCCCAAGCGGUCUUUUGCGACCAUCCGCAAAGAUCUUGCGGAGAAAGCUGCGGCCAAGCUCAGGGCCAAGGCGUCUAAAAUCCAGCAGCUGGAGCUAGAUCUGAAGGCAGCCGACCAGCAGGCAACGGAUGCUGAGACGGCCAAGAAGGGGGCGGAGGAGGCCCAGAAGAAGGCAGACGAGAGCGCCAAACAGGCUGAUGAGGCACUCAAGAAGGCCCAGGCGGACCUUGGCAAACUGAAAACCAAGGUUGAGAGGCUGGAGAAGGAUGCUGCUCAAGCUCAGAAAAACUUUGCAGCAACCCUGGAGGCGGAGCAAAACCGCCUUGUUGCUGAGAGUGAUGCUGACAACGACGCCCGUAUGAAGAUUGCUUGGGAUGCCUUGUACCCAGACGCUGAUUAUAGCAUCUGGGCAAUGGCACACAGCUAUGCCGAGAACGUGGUGUACUUGAGAGAGCAAGGCGAGCCAGAGCCUGCCUCCUUUAAAGCCUGGCUCAGCAACAAUGAGCCGACCGCGCCUUAG